AUGGCCAACAGUAAAAAGGCUGACCACACCAAGCGUGGAUCCGAAGCCCGGCCUCGCGGAUUGGCCCGCCCAGCGUCACGCCUGUCCCCGGACUCGGGGUCCCAGCGGGGUCCCCCGGCGCCUCGCCCACGCUGCGCGCCCCUCCGCGGGGCCGUCCCCCGCCUCCCGGACCACACCCAGGGGCGGGCCGAGCGCCACCCUCAGGACCCCGCCAGUGCCUGCCCCCUUGCAGCCUCUGAUUGGCUGCCCUCCUGGCAACCUGAGCCAAUCGCAGCUGGUCCUCGGGAGCCAAGGCCCCGCCCCUUGGAGCCCCCGGCCCCGCCCCUUGGAGCCCCCAGCCCCGAGGCCCCGCGCUCUUUUGCGGGCAGUCUGGCUUCCGCGCACCGGUUCCGCUGGUUUCCAGGGCCCACCCUGCAGGCUGCUGUGCUCAGGCUGCCCAUGCUGGUUUCCGGCGGCCCAGCCCCCAGCAAGCACCAGAGGGAGGCUGGAGGGCCCGAGGCACGGAGAACCCCGGGUCCCUCCAGCAGCCUCUCCGACCUGGCUAAGCCACGCAAGUGGCUGAUCUCUGGGUCGCCUGCUGACUCCUGA